ACAAAGGGGUGUAAGCACACGAACUGAAAUACGGGCAUUUGAGAAGGCUUCCAGCACCUGCAUACACAUGUGAUGGUCUCUGGACAUCCUCAGCCUGACGUCCUGGACAACCUCUAUGUAAAACUCAUUCAUUCUGCGUAGAUAGACAUCCCCUUACUACAUAGCAUCCAGUCACCAUGUCCUGUCCCUAUCAUCAAAAGGAUCAAGACUACACCCCAGUAGUGCCCCCACCAUCAAUCUCUCCCAACACAUUCAGCGCCCAAACCUUCACCAUCUCCGCGCCUAGCUCCGGCAAAGUCAACGCCACAAGCUCCAACAUCACAACCAGAACGCCCAUUUCGGCACCAUCUACGCCGUAAGCUGCAACAUUGACGUUAAGAAAUCCAGUACCGGUUUCAUCAGAAGCCUAAGAACCUGCACUAUCAAAAUCUAUGCAUACGGUGCAGCCGACAUCACGGACCCUCAGAACUGCGACAUCUACAUUCUCGAGGACGGCAACGCUGUGAUCAACGAACCUCAGAGUUGCAGAAUAAUCCUUUCUCAAGGAUCUAAUGGCGUUGUCGCGAAUUCUGUAAACUGCAAUAUGGCGGUAGCAGGGGCUUGUGAUGUUAAGAUCAGAAAUCCGCACUCCGGCGAGAUUACGGUGGGCAACGAGUGCUGUUGUGAGAAGUAGGAAUGACAUGCAAGAGG